CCAUAUUGGCCCAUUAGUUUUUUGUUUAUGUUGGAACGUUGUCGGAAAAAUCGGCUGUUUUCCCGAGUGUCCGUCUGCGCCAUGAAAAGCUGCUAAAAAGCUAAAUAUAAAAAUCAGCGCAGCGCACACGUUCGGUGGCUGCAUUGUUUUUUCCCAAAUCGUUGGAAAAUAUGUGAGUGCAAGUCAGAAAAAACGCAUCUUGUGUGUGUACAUAUAAGUAUGUAACUGCGCCCAAGCGAGUGUGUGUUUGAGUGUUUUUGUGUGCACGGUGCAAUGGAAAAGUGAUUAUUAUAAAUGAAAAGCAGGGAAAUGUCCAACCAACUCCCACUUGUACGUAUGUAACGGCAGAAGGGUGUUUUGCAUUCGUGUGUGUGUGCUUUCCCAGAUAAAAGACUUUGACUUUUCUGGAGGAUAUUGGUGUCAAUCGUGGGACAUAAAUAAUAGCCACUAAUAUGCAGACAAGUCCAUUAAUUACGCCAAAGGUCAAAAGUUAGGCACGCAGCCAGGACCCAAAGAAAGCAAUGAUAAUGUUGUAAGAAGGCGGCGAGCCUGCAAGAGCGAGCGAGAGAGCUUAUGUUUUGGUGUGAGUGCGUGGUAGAACAAAGAGGACGAAAAACACGGCUAAGCGGAUUCGCCGCAUGACAAAUUCGCCGCAAGGCGCAUUGAAGCUUAGCCCAGAUAAUCACAAGGAAAACAAAAGGAAAUCCUAUUAAAAUAAUUAAACUAAAGACUGCUAAGCUAUAUACUUAAAAAAAAAAAACCGAAACCAUGUCUGCUGCGGAGCUUGAAGCCGAAUCUGCUGCCCAGGAGCAACAACCACAACAACAAAGUCAGCAAGGCGAGGAAUCAAAUACAAACACUGCCAUCGAUGAAAAUGCAACCACAACAAACAGCUACAACAACAAUUUGGAUCCGGAAACCCAGCUGCAGCUGCAUCAGGAUGCCCAGCAGUCUGAAAUCGAGGGGAACAGCAACAACGGAAUGGCAGGACUCGGAAUCAGCCUGAUGAACUCCUCACCACCGCCACACAGCUACCGGCAUUCGCGGGCCUAUCGCCACUUCAAGAAUCCGCCGCAACCGCACAUGUGCAUCCGCACCACCACAGAGUCCGGCGAGGAGCUCUUCAUCAACGUCCUUAGCUGGACGCGUAUUGUGAUACCGCAGGAGCCCAGUGAUCCCAUUCCCCUCUACGGAGGCAUGCGGGUUCCACCUGGCAGUCCUCGGAGUCCUCCGAUUGUCUUUGCCGUCAUGGCCAAUCCUGAGGUGCUUAAGGACUCAGGACGCCACAGCAAAGAUCCUGAGGAGCGGCGAGCCAUGGUGGAGCUGAUGUGCGACUUUGUGGAGGCUAUGAACCCAGGCGUGAAACUAGUCAGAAACGCCGUAAUACUCAAGGAUCGCGACAUCUCCGGCGAGCUAAAGGACGUGUGGAACGCCGUGCAGGCACAGCGCGAUCGCGAGCGAGAGGAGCAGAUGAUGCAGCAGCGCCAGCAGCAGCACUACCAGAACAUCACCACACAGCAGAUGUUUCCGAAGUCACCGGAUGCCGCGCGGGCAGCUAGUGCUGGUGCUUCAGUGAACGAGGCCGGCUCGCCACCGGCUCAUCUGGUUGAGCCGCUGCUGGCGGAGCACGGAAACAGCAAUGGAAACGGCAACGGCAAUGGCAAUGGCAUCACCCUGGCUGUCUUCGCCCAGCAACUGGACAACAAGGUGGCCAGCGAGCAGGCGGAACAGCAGGAACCAUCGGCAUUGUUGGAAGAGGCUUGCGUGGAUCAAACGGACGCCGGCAGCUCGGCGAAUGGAGCUGCUAAUGUAGCGACAAACGGAUCAGCAGCUGUGCUGGACAAUCAGAAGGGGGCGGUGGAGAUCGAACCCGAGAUAAAGUUUGCUCCAACGGCAACCACCAAUGGAGCCAGCACGCCUACAGCCAGCAACUCUACACCGCCGCCAGCAACAGCCACAACCACAUCCAAUCCCAGUCCAGCUCCAGCUCCCGCUUCUGCACCAGUCGCCACACCAACUCCGCCACCGGCUGCCCCCGCAAAGAAGGACAAACUCGGUGGCUUCUUGCCCAACGGCUGCAUCUUCCCGCGCUUCAAGAACAACAAGCACAAGGACAAGGACAGCAGUCACAAGGAGGGCAAGAGCAAAGAGAAGACCCUGCUGAAUGCGCUGAAGAAGAGCAAGGAGAAGAAGGUGGCGCCCAGCGAGCAGCCGUCGGAGAAGUCCGCCGCCGCUUCGGACAAUGGAACCACGCAGUACGAGAAGAACUGCAUCAACAAUCUGGAGUGCGAGGUGCAGAAGCUGGAUCUGAACAGCGGCAGCAAUGGCGACAACAGUAUGUUCAUCAAGCUGAAAGUAUCGCCGGCAAAUGCAAAUGCGGCAACGGCCGCGGCGGCCAAGUAGAGAUAAUCCUGAAUUUACACACACACACAAAAUCUCGUAGGUAAGUGGGAGUUAGGACGAAAGGAGUAGGAGAGGCGGCACUCGCCAGCACUUAGGGCUUAGAGUCGUGGAUAGAGAGUCGUGUAGCAUAUACAAGAUUUAUAUAUACAUAUAUAUAUAUAUAUAUACAGAAAAUGUAUACACUCACACACCCGUUUACACCGUUGGUCAAUUUAUCGGAUAGCCACUCAAAAACAGGACUAGAUGAACAAACAGUUGUGCCAUGCUCCAGCUCAUAGACAUUUAUAGACGACAGCGCUUCUCCCAGGAUCUUCCCCGGCAUUUAACAAACAAAAUGAAAUGAUAAAACAAAAAAAAAAACGUAUUUACAUAGUUCAAUAUAUGUAUGAUUCGCAUACAGUUUGCCUUAUAUACAACAAAGCCCAAGAGAGCGACAAGAACCUAGCAAGAACCAGUUGAUAAACACGAGAUUUAAUGUAUUUAAAACACGUAAUCGUCGAAUGAAACUCAUGCGCCAAAUCGAACAUCAUAGCACUCAUCUAAACAUCCAACACUAAUUAACUAGAUCCAUUCCCAAAUUGUAUCGUCACUUCAUCGGCAAACCAAACAAAAACCCACCAGACAUUUCCCAGUUCAUAUCCGUGCAAAAGUAUUACGCAACUUCGCUGAUCCAAGCAAGACCCAAACCCUGGAUCGAUUGAUCUCCACGCUUUGAAGUUGAGGGGCAGUACGACGGGGGAGUUUUUGAAGACGGCUCUGGAGUGCCACAACUAACUUAUGUACCUUAGUAUACCCGAAUGCGAGGACAGUAUACAGAUCCGCAAUGUCGCUAUUAUGUUUUAUUUUAAAAAGUUUAACUUUAGUUCCUCUCUAGGGGAUCCACUAUUUCCCCUUCUAUUUUAUUUUCUGUGCGUGCUUGUUGUGUUGUAAUUGAAACUGUUGGAAUGUUUAACCUUUUUCUGUGUUUAUUGUUUCGUGCUAACACCCGAUCCCUCAACUUCAAACGAAACCAUCCACUCAAUCAUAUAUUAUAGGGAGUAAACCUCUACAAUUCGAAUAGACAUUCGGGAAAACACCACUAAGGAAAAAAAGAAGAGAAAACUAAAUGUUUCAACUGCAAUAUCGGACUGAACAAUGCUGCCAUAUAAAAAAGUAUAUACGUGUAACGACUUUGUAUAUAAAGUUAGCUACAUAUUUCCACAAAACGAACGAAAUUUCAAUUGUGAUUCAAUCGAAAAUCUAAUUUUGUUUCCACAUCGAAGCAUUUUAUUGAGAAACUAGAAACACAUACACAAAGUAUACCGAAUAAAAUAUAAUUUUGUUUGCUAGGAAAAAAUCCUCACAUUAGCGAAGGAUCCAAAUUCUCUUUUUGUGUUUCGUUUGUUUAUUUUUUUUUAAGGUGCCAUACAGGAAGAGUGUAUGAGAAUUAAUCAAAAUUGAUUGCAUCCAAUUGGUAUUAUACUUAAAUCCAGAGUUUCCUUAAUUGUGAGUUGGAAUGAGUACCGAGAACCCUAAAGUAUAUGCUAGUUUUUAACUGGUUGUAAAUGAGAAAUGCUCGUGUAAAAUUAGUAUUUAAUUAUAGCACGAACCCAACCACACAAACAACAACAAACAUAACACUAUAAUUAAAGAAUUCAACUAGUUUAAGAUUCAAGUCUUCUAAGCGAAGAGCAAAAAGCAAUAAUUUUACUUGAAAAGAGAAGCCGGGCAAGGAAAUUAUAAUGAAAAUGCGUGUGGCAAGUUGAUAGCAAUAGGGGUUCAACUGGAAAACUCUAGAUAUUUGGAUAACAAAAAAAGAAACCUUAAAAAAUUUUAAUUUUAUUAAGUUACCUACGUUUCCCAGAGAAAAAUUCGAAUUUUGGUUCACUCCCAGCCUCUGAAACAUCUAGAGUUUUCCAAAAGAAAACACCCCGGAAAAACUUCUACAACAAACACAAACAGAACACACACAUUUUUAUAUGUAUAUGUAUGUAAUAAUAAAAGAUCGUAUUUGACAAAAGUGUA